UAUCCUUCGACGCAGCUGCAUUCUAUUACCCGAGACGACAAUGAGUAACCCGGGACGUAUGCAACAAAUCAACCUCUCCAGGGCCUCACCUUCGCGCCCUCAUCGCGGCGCCCUCUCCAACCCCACUCGCCCCCUCAUCGUACGAAGGGUCGGGGAUCAGAGGACAACAAGUGCUCGGGAAGUGGAUGGUACGUAUGAGUCGUGAACGGAAAGAUGAUGGGAAUGGGAGGGAGUGUCGAUCAUAAAUGUACAUAAGCGAGACAGUAUAAACAGUGAAGACAGCGACAGCUUAGGGCAACUGUGGGAUGCCGAAUAUAUAGGUAGCGUACGGGCGCGCUGCAGUAUUGAUGUAUGGUGAGCGCGAGCGAUAUGGGAGGAUGGAGAUAGAGCAGCAACAUCGAACCUAUGAUUCGAUGCGGGAAGAGAAAGAGAAGAAAAGCGUCCUUAUGAGUGCUUUGUCGAGUGGAGGCAGUGUGGCGUAUGUUGUUGUCGUCUACAUGUCCUGUAGAGCACCUCGGAGCGAUGCCAUCGGACGACGACCUGAGUGGUGGUGGCGGGAAGGGAGCGGACAGCCGUGAUGACGAUGAGCACGCAUAACACGGCAGAGCCUGGCGUGCCCCAUCGUCGUUGACCGCAUCCC